AUGGCGAAACAUUCUCUUUCUAAAGGGCGACGCCGCCCGAUUGGACCGAGUGUGGGGGCGCAACUUCAGAGAGCAUUCCACGUACGAAAGAAACCGAGCUGUGGAAAAGGAAAAGAGGGGAGAGGCCGGAUCCUGCUAUCUACCCCGUCCAUCCAAUCACAUACGUCCACCUCGCUAGCCUCUUCAGGACUUCUGCCAACUCGGCCAGCGUUUACGUAUGCAAGCCUCACACCGAGGAGCUCUCUCUUGCAAUCUGCUCCCCUUGUCAACCUCCCUACGGAGCUGAAGUUGCUGAUAAUCCACCAUGUCCAUGUUGCCUCUAUCUUUGCUUUGUUAGGUGUCAGCCGGGAGUUCUGGGGGCUUCGGGGACUCCUAGAGCCUAAACUGAUAGCCGCUGCUCGAAGGGUUUCUAGUUUACUAGUGCCUAAGCCGGCAAUACGGAGAUUUGAGAAAGACAUUCCGGAUGACAUUAAGAGUUGUGGAAAUGGUCAGUGCUUGUCUUUCCGAUUAAAUGGUGAAUCAAACGAACCAUACUGGAAGACUGUCAGGCUAGGAAGGGACCCUCAGAUUACGAUGCCCUGGAAUGACGCGCUGGGCAGCACUGCUAAGUCUACUAUGUCAGUCACGGUUUGGCCUAGGCUACAGAGUCAGAGUGAGCCAGAUUUUCUGAAUAAGCCAGAGCUUCGAAACCCAAGGAUCUUUGGCGGAGGGCGGCUAUGUCUUGGAUACGAGAAAAUGGGAUUUGAGUCUUGGAAUCUCGUUGUCCGUAGGAUCUCAGACUGGGGGCUUGUGGGAGAGCGAUCCCUGUUCCAGGGACGGCCGUUGCUUAUCAACAAUGACAGUGACUUGGUUGUUCUUCACUCUAAGGACGGAGAGAUUCAUAUUUGGAAUCCUUUCCAGGCAGAACCUUGGAAGCUAGAACACGACCACACUAUUUUCGAGCGGCCCAAAAUCCUACCAAAUGGAACCGGCUUCGUCACCACGUCGCGCAAAUCAGAAGAGAAUAUCUUUGAAGACGUCCGAGUCGUCGUCUGUCAAUCUGUCUUCUGGCCUGAUACUAAGAAUUGCCCAGACAUAGAGCUCACAUCUUUUUGCGUUCCGUUAUUAUCUUACUUUCCUGGAAUUGAGACCAGAGGCUAUCAUGCCUUAUAUAACUUUAGCGUCAUAUGGGAGAUUGGCCGGAACGGCAUUUUGUUCUAUUCAUCAUUGAUUGGAAAAAUCGCUAUAUCAUACUCUGGUGAAGAGCUUGGAAUGACACUGGACAAGAAAGAGGAGAUUAUUGGAGAAUUUGCGGAUGGUACUCGCGUCAUCCAUCACAAAGAUCAAACUGCAUAUGCCCCUUCCUACGUGCGAAUCAUGAAGGAUGACAAACUUGGCUUCGAACUACGCCAUUGCAAUGAUUUCAUUGGCAUUCUGCUUUUUCUGGAUACUUUUCUUAUCAUUGUGGACAAGGACAUUGAAUUUCCACUACCGCAUCUCCGAUUCAGGGUUUUCACGAGAGAUGGAGAUAUGAUAUAUGGCCUGCGCUUAGGCCCUGAAUAUUCCACAAGUUACCCACGCAUCUUUGAGGAAGGUCAUAGUAUCGUGUUGUACACAAAGGACUUGUCGAAAGCAACCGUUUGGGAUUUUGGGGAUAUUUUCCAAGCUAAACCGGUGGCUGGAUGUGAAGCGAACGAAAAAGCGAAUCAAAAUUCGGAAGCACGCUACAACCUUAGGAGGAAGAUUCGUCAAAUUUCUCAUCAAUGA